GAGAGCGAGAGAGAGAGGAGUUGAUGAAGAUGGCGGAUGGAGACAGCGGGAGUGAGCUCGGUGGUAGCAGCGGGGGAGGAGGAGGUGGAGGUAGCGGCGGAGGUGGAGGUAGCGGCGGAGGUGGAGGAGGAGGAAUGGGAGGAGGUGGAGGCGGAGGAGGAGGUGGCGGCGGCGGCUUCCAACACUUCCAGCGUGACCAGGAGACCCAGGAGCUGGCGUCCAAGCGUCUCGACAUCCAAAACAAACGCUUCUAUCUGGACGUGAAGCAGAACAACAAGGGCCGCUUCAUCAAAAUCGCCGAGGUGGGUGCGGGAGGCUCCAAAAGCCGGCUCACCCUCUCCCUGUCGGUGGCUGCAGAGUUCCGGGAUUACCUCGGCGACUUCAUCGAGCACUACGCCCAGCUGGGGCCCAGCAGCCCGGAGCAGAUUGCACAGUCGACCGGCGCUGCAGGAGAGGAUGCAGGGCCGAGGAGAGCGUUGAAAAGUGAGUUCCUGGUGAGGGAGAACCGUAAGUACUACUUGGACUUGAAGGAGAACCAGCGUGGGAGGUUCCUUCGCAUCAGGCAGACGGUCAACAGAGGGCCUGGUUUUGGUGUUGGGGGCCCAGUGGGUGGCAUGCUGGCUGGGCAGACCAUUGCGCUUCCUGCACAGGGGUUGAUAGAGUUCAGAGACGCCCUUGCAAAGCUCAUAGACGACUACGGAGGAGAUGAUGAUGAGUUGGGAGGUGGUGCAAGCUCUGCAGGAGGAGGAGUGGGUUACAACGAGCUCCCCGAAGGCACCUCCAUCAUGGUGGACUCCAAGAGGUUCUUCUUCGACGUCGGCUCCAACAAGUAUGGGGUGUUCCUGCGCGUGAGUGAGGUGAAGCCCAGCUACAGGAACUCUAUCACCAUCCCCUUCAAGGCGUGGGGCAAGUUCGGAGGGGCCUUCAGCAGAUACGCCGAGGAGAUGAAGGAGAUCCAGGAGAGGCAGAGGGAUAAGAUGUACGAGAGGAGAGGAGAGGAGUCAGAGGGGGACGACGUGGAUGACGAUUGAAGAAGAAGAGGAGGAAAAAGAGGCUAUUAAAUUAGGAGAUGUGCAACAUAAAGGGGGGGGGGGGGUGAUUUUGCAGAGAAAAGAAUAUAAAAUAUGACAGAAAGUGCAUGACAAAUCGUGCUGUAAUAGCCUACUUAAAAAACAAAAACAGUACAUUUGCAGGGGGGAAAUUAUUGGUGUAUUAUCCUAAAACAAGAAAAAAGAAAAAAAAUGUUUGUUAGAGGUGAGAGAGAGGAGUGGUUGUGUGUGAAUCAGUGAAAAUGAUUUAAAAGAAAAAAAAGUGGAUUCAAUGUUUAAAAAAUGAGUUGGUCUCAUUAGUUGAGAGAAAGAGAAAAGGAAAGAGAGAGGAGAAAACGAGUGCUUUAUUGUUAAAAAAUUAAGAAGAAAAGAAAGGAAAGAGAGAAUCUUCUAAAACCAGCAGAUUGGUUUUUAUAACUACAACAUGAAGCCAAUGAAUGCUUUCCUAUCUGCAACAUAGUUUAUAUUUAAAGAGUAAGGAGGAGUCGAGCUGUUUAAGAUGUUUUCCUUGCUUAGUUUAAAAAAGAGAAAGAGAAAGAAAGACAGAGAGAGAGAGAGAAGGAGAACUAGCAUCCAUUGUACUCCUGUUCCAGUCCAGGUCUCUCCUCCUAGUUUGUGGGAUAUUUUGUAAGUCGGUCAGAUGAAUGAACGAGAGGAAUAUUACACACACACACACAUAUAUAAAUAUAUAUGUAUUUAGAGAGAGAUAGAUAGAACAAGAGAAAGAAAGCCGGCUGUCACUCUGUGCAUGUUUGCAUUUGAUGUGGAACAGAUGCAGAGCUGUCAAACAACAUGGAGCCUCAGCAGCAUCAACACCAGCAGCAGCAGCAGGCUGUUAAUUGAAAAAGAUUACCCAAAAAAUGUUACAGGGAAAGUUACUGAGAGGAUUAUCUGUAAAGCCCAAAACAACAAAGAGGCAUCGCAGACUAAAAAAACAAAACAUAGAAAGAAAAAAAUGUUUAAAAAGAUUUUGACUCCAGUAGUCAAUGACAGUGUGUAUCAGCUGGGUUUUAUGUUAUACAUACGAUCGUGGCGAUAUCUUUCAACAAAAAAAAGUAUAACUUAUAUUAUUAUUAUUUUACAGUGAGCAUCCGUUACAGCAAAGCGUCUCUUCACACACCAGAGCAUCCCUGGUUGUAGGAGGAGCCGGAAAGAAAGGAGAAGAGAAAAGGAGGAGAGGGAGAGGAGGAAAGGAUUGAGGAAAGGACUGGAUUUUAUGUGUGUGAGUGUGUGUGUGUGUGUUUUUCUGUGGGGCAACAUACAGAUAUUUUAUGGGACUUUCCGGUGCUCGUUUUCUUUUUGUUUUUUUGCUCCCACAUUGCCACUUAUAUACUUCCGAGGGUCCAAAUAUCUGGCAGUUUUUUGGACGGAUACACUGACCUUCUUCUAUAUAUAUAUAUAUAUAUAUAUAUAUAUAUAUAAAUGACUCUUCCACACUGCAAAGAGUCAGAAAAGUCAGUGAUGAGUCUUGUUUUCUUGUGUUUUUUUUGGGGACAUCAUCAGCCUGAGCUGGACGGUAUGAACAUCUUUCUAAUAAAAACCAGCUCGGAUCCUUUUUUUUUUUUCAAGUCAAAAUCUGACGUAACUUCCAACAUCUUCCAUCACGUGAAGAACCUGGAGACAGAAACGCAGCGAUGGAUGUUUCUGUUUUUUAUUUUAUUUGAUUUGUUCCUAGUUUUUUUGUUGUUGUUGUUGUUGCUGUUGUUGUUUUCCAAAAAAAAAGAGAGAACUAUAUUGAAAUGAGAUUCUACUUAUAGGAAAGAUAUUACUGAACAAAAACCAGCAAGAAAAAAAAAAGAUAUUUUGAAAUACUUAUUAAGAUUUAAAAAGAAAUUGUAUUGUGUAAAAGAAUUUCAAGACUUAAAAUAAAAGGUUAAUUUCUUAAAAUGAA